UCAUAUUCUAGUGGACAUGUUACGCAUCUGACAGAAAAGACGUUUAGCACGGGGGAAAAGCCUUGUAUGCAGCCAAGAAACUUUCUGAAUAUUUCUGGAAGAGGAUCACCCGAUAUCAUGCCCUCAAUCCAGAGUUUGGUGGAUAUCUCUCAGGAGCAAACCCUGCUUAUCUUUAAUAGAAGAUCCUUCUGAAAGGGGGAAAAACAAGAUUCAGUUUGUCUCCCUGGAAUAUCUUGCCUGGUAACUUCCAGUCCAAGAAAAUGAGUUCCGGGGUGAGCUGUUGAGUCAGAGGUGGACACGUGGAGAAAAGAUCAGCAGCUGUGAGACUACAAACAGCCUACACAGCAGACACAUCAAGAUGAGCUUAGAAAAUGAUGACAAGAGAGCACGCACAAGAUCAAAGGCAAUCAGAGUACCCACGGAGCUCAUAGGACAGGAGGUGAGCUGCCCAACACCAGGAUGCAACGGCUCAGGGCAUAUCCGUGGAAAGUAUGCACGGCACAGAAGUUUACAGAGCUGCCCGCUAGCUAAGAAGCGGAAACUUCAGGAUGCUGAGGCUGAAAACCUGGUGUCCAAGAGGAAAUCCCACCCCCUGAAGCUGGCCCUCGAUGAAGGCUACAAUGUGGACAGUGACGGCAGUGAGGAGACCGAGGUGAAGGAGGAUUCUGUCUCGGAGGAGUCGGAAGGAACUUUGGAAGAGGAAGAGGCUGAAACGAUAGAACAGGAGGAGAUUCAUAGCCCUGAGCCAGCUGAAGGAAGAAGCCCAGAAAAAUCCCACUAUGGACAGAAUGCAGCCACCAGUACCACUGGUUCCUCCAAGGGCAGUUAUAGCAGCUAUCAAGAAAUCAUUGCCAACUCUCUCUUAAACCUGGGCCAAAUAGCGGAAGAAACCCUUGCUGUCGAGAGCCAGUUGCCAGAGAGCAAAGGACCGGCCCAUAAAUCCAAUACGAGCAUUGUGCACCUGGUCCAUGAGGAGGCAGGGGAAGCCAGCAUGGAUGAGGAGUGUGACAAGGAGAUCUUCAUCCAGACAGAAGAUGCAGAGGAGGUCAUCGAGGUCACCAGUGAGAGGAGUGGAGAGGUGUGCCUGGAACACAGGGAAGGCUUGAACUGUGGGGAGUCCUGCAAGCUGCAGAAAGCCUUGCAGGCCGAAGAGGAGGAGGAGGAGGAGGAGGAAGAGGAAGAGGAGGAGGAGGAGGAGGAGGAGGAGGAGGAAGAGGAAGAGGAGGAAGAGGAGGAGGAGGAGGAUGAAGAAGAAGAGGAGGAGGAUGAGGACGAAGAUGAGGAGGAGGAGGAAGAGGAAGAGGAGGAAGAAGAAGAGGAGCCAGCUCCCGAGGUGAUCUGUGAAGAAGCACCCUCUGCUUCCCAGGACACUCAAAAGAGUCACUGCACGGGACGUUUCAGUCCCAAGCCCGAGUAUUCGGUCAUUGUGGAGGUCCGGUCUGAUGAUGACAAGGAUGACGAUGCGCACUCCCAGAAAUCCGCGGUGACGGACGAGUCCGAAAUGUAUGACAUGAUGACCAGGGGGAACCUGGGCCUGCUGGAACAGGCCAUCGCGCUGAAAGCUGAACAGGUUAAGAUUGUCCGGGAGCCCGGCCGCCUCCCUGGGGAGCAUGUUAAGCAGUUUCAGGCGGACGAGAAGCAAAGCAAACCUUUGGAGACCAUCCGGAAAAACUACUACAGCAAAGAUCCUUCAAGGCCUGAAAAACGGGAGAUCAAAUGCCCGACCCCGGGUUGCGAUGGUACCGGCCACGUAACGGGAUUGUAUCCUCACCACCGGAGUUUAUCUGGCUGUCCCCACAAGGACAGAAUCCCCCCAGAGAUCCUGGCGAUGCAUGAGAACGUCUUGAAAUGCCCCACUCCAGGUUGCACAGGUCAAGGCCACGUCAACAGCAACCGCAACACUCACAGAAGUUUGUCUGGUUGUCCCAUUGCCGCUGCUGAAAAACUAGCCAAAUCUCAUGAGAAACAACAGCCACAGCCCAGCGAUCCACCCAAGAGCAGCUCAAAUUCUGACCGGAUACUCAGGCCUAUGUGCUUCGUGAAGCAGCUGGAGAUUCCUCAGUAUGGGAGCUACAGGCCCAACAUGGUCCCAGCCACACCAAGGGCCAACCUGGCCAAGGAGCUGGAGAAGUACUCCAAGGUCACCUUCGAUUAUGCAAGUUUUGAUGCUCAGGUUUUUGGCAAACGCAUGCUUGCCCCAAAGAUUCAGACUAGCGAAACCUCACCUAAAGCCUUUAAAUCCAAACCUUUUCCAAAGGCCUCUUCCCCCAGGCACAGCCCCUCCAGUAGUUAUGUGAAGAGCACUUCAUCUUCUUCUGCAGGCUUCGACUACUCCCAUGAUGCCGAGGCUGCUCACAUGGCUGCCACCGCCAUCUUAAAUCUCUCCACCCGCUGCUGGGAAAUGCCUGAAAAUCUCAGUACUAAGCAGCAGGAUCUACCAAGUAAGUCCAUGGACAUUGAGGUGGAUGAGAAUGGGACUCUGGACUUGAGCAUGAACAAGCACCGCAAACGGGAAAAUACCUUUCCCAGCAGCAGCAGCUGCAGCAGCAGUCCCAGUGUAAAGUCCCCCGAUGUGUCCCAACGCCAAAACAGCACCAGUGCCACUAGCAGCACCAUGACCUCACCGCAGUCCAGCCAGACCUCACGUCAGGAUGAAUGGGAUGGCCCUAUUGACUAUACCAAACCAAACCGUCAGCGAGAGGAAGAGCCAGAAGAGUCAGAGCCAGCAGCACAUUCUUUUGCUUCCUCUGAAGCAGACGACCAGGAAGCAUCAGAGGAGAACUUUGAAGAGCGGAAGUAUCCGGGAGAAGUUACCUUAACCAACUUCAAGCUAAAGUUUCUCUCAAAGGAUAUCAAAAAGGAGCUACUGACUUGUCCGACCCCUGGCUGUGAUGGCAGUGGACACAUCACUGGAAACUAUGCCUCCCAUCGCAGCCUUUCUGGUUGUCCUCUUGCUGACAAGAGCCUCAGAAACCUCAUGGCUGCACACUCUGCUGACCUCAAGUGCCCGACCCCUGGAUGUGAUGGCUCUGGUCACAUAACAGGAAAUUAUGCAUCGCAUAGAAGUUUGUCAGGCUGCCCACGUGCCAAGAAAAGCGGAAUCAAGAUAACUCCCACAAAAGAUGACAAAGAAGACCCAGAACUGAUGAAGUGUCCAGUUCCUGGCUGUGUUGGGCUUGGGCAUAUCAGUGGCAAGUAUGCCUCCCACCGCAGUGCUUCAGGGUGCCCUCUGGCAGCCCGUAGACAGAAAGAAGGGUCACUCAACGGCUCAUCAUUUUCCUGGAAGUCUCUGAAGAAUGAGGGGCCUACCUGCCCAACCCCAGGUUGCGAUGGCUCAGGUCACGCCAAUGGAAGCUUCCUCACCCACAGAAGUUUAUCUGGCUGUCCAAGAGCAACUUUUGCUGGAAAGAAGGGAAAACUCUCAGGGGAUGAAAUUCUCAGCACUAAAUUCAAGACCAGUGAUGUGCUAGAGAAUGAUGAAGAGAUUAAACAGCUAAAUAAGGAGAUUACUGAGCUGAAUGAAUCCAACUCUGAGAUGGAGGCCGCCAUGGUGAAGCUGCAGUCCCAGAUAUCCACCAUGGAAAAGAAUCUGAAGAACAUUGAAGAAGAAAACAAAAUCAUAGAGGAGCAGAAUGAAGCUCUGUUCUUGGAACUCUCGGGUUUGAGCCAGGCGUUAAUCCAAAGUCUUGCCAAUAUUCGCCUUCCACAUAUGGAGCCAAUCAGCGAACAGAAUUUCGACGCUUACGUUAAUACCCUUACUGACAUGUACACCAACCAGGAGUGCUACCAGAAUCCUGAGAACAAAGACCUGCUGGAGAGUAUCAAGCAAGCUGUCAAGGGAAUCCAGGUUUAGUGCGGCAGGAAAACUAGAUACAAAGCAAAAUUUUACAAACUGUUAGAAGAUGGAAACCUUCACUCCGAGUAUUCAGGGGGACAAGUUGCGCAACUUGUUAAAUGAAUGAAAAAGGACCAAAUUGUAACCGAGAGGCCAUUUACAAGAAGCGGGACUGAAUCAAACUCAAUUUUAGCGUUUACCUACCUUGAUCUUCUUGUAAAUGGUGGUGGUGGUGAUGAUGGUGGUUUCUCGUUCACGGUGUCACACUAGCCACUACUAGCUAGCAAUCAAGGGUGGCUGUAGAAGUUGAGGAUCCUUAUGGUGGCCAGGUUUUCAGGGCCUGGUAGGAGGAAAUGAGGGGAGGCACCUUGGUAAGGGAAGGGCAAAGGAGACAAGGGAAUGUGGCCAAAUUCGUCAAAGGGAUGGAGGCCUAGAAGAACUGGGUUGAACCUUCCUAAAGGAUAUGGCUGACAGACUCACGAUGUCUCCGACUGUCCAUCCACAUCAGUUACUCACACAUGGUCUGCUGUGUAUUACUGUAAGCAAGAAGCUGCGGCUGCAGGCUACCUUUAAAUCUGAACCUAUAUACUAGGUCUCUUACCCUAAGGUGUUCAGAUAGCCACUGGGUGGGGAACUUUUAAGUAUUAAGAAGUUGUUUAUUUUUAUUUUCUGAAUGAAAUCUGAAGAGCAGUUCUGACUCUCCAGUGGAAAGCUCAAAGGAAAAAGGUUCUCAGGGAAGCUAUUGGAGUUUGCAACUACAGUAUUCCUUUGUCUGUCUUAAAUAUGAGAAUAGCUAUUAUGAAUAGACCGAUCCCAGAUAUUUCAUACAGAACCCUAAAUGUGUCAGGGUCUGGUGUCUAUGCUCUUUGGGAGUCUACUUCCUGAGAGUUCUGGUUCUUUUCUGUUAUCACAGCCAUUAGUACUUCCAUGGGGCAUAACACUGGUGGGAAAAUCGAGUUUCUGUGCCAGAGAAACAUUUUAAAAAUGGUUUAAGAUACAACAAAAUCAGUGAAGGCAUGAAGUCCAACAGAGAACUCUGGUGGACCUGGGUCUAUUGGUAACAAUUUGUGUAUAGGGGUUUGGGGGAGUUUCCUCCUUUGUUUUUAUUAUUUUAAUCAAGAUUAUCAGGACUGAACAAAGCACCAUUCCACAGAGAAAGGUUUGGGUGUGGAUUUUCCAAAGAAUCAUUUUUGUUGACUACUACAUGUCUAUAGCCCGCUGUGCACUUAAAGAAUUAAAACCACACAAAAAUGCCCCUAAUGCAUUCAUCUCUAGUUCCAUUAUAUAUAUAUAAUAUAUAUAUGUGUGUGUGUGUCUAUGUGUAUACAUAUGUUAUA